GCUUUCCUCUCCAUCUCAACACUUCGCCUGGUCGACAGACAGGACGCAUCAUCGCACGCUCCGGGAAUGGGAUCUCUACUAGGUGUAAAGAAAAACUUCCAGUUCUUUCGAGUCUACGCUCUACAGAAAUUGCUUUUCAAACUGCAGGGAUAGUUGUUAUUGCAGGUGCAGGGUGACGGCAACAAAGAGCCACUGGCCAAUGAGCUCCAAGACGCGCAAGAAGUUGUCAGGUAGUUUCAGACGCUGGGAAUCCGCACAGAAUCGUAAAGUGGGCUCUGCUUAAUUUGGGCAUUAAGAUACAAUUGCAUACCAAAUUUAUUUGAACCGAGACACAAGCGAAGGAAGUGUGCGUAAAGUUGGAGCUGUUGCGCACGACUCAAAGAUAGUUAUAGGGACCAGCCAAUGCAAGAAAGUGCGGGAGACCACCGUUUUGUUAACCCUGAAAAUAAGUGAGUGUUAAUACUUUGGUAGCCAUGGCAAAGUGGUUCAGAGAUUUCCCAAUUAACCUGAAGAACGGAAAUGAGAGGGUCCGCUCGGCAUCUGAGUCGGGUCCACAAACCCGAACCAAACCUUCGUUUUCACGAGACAGCUUGAAAGGCAAUCAGCGUAAAGAUGGAGGGGUAGGAGGGUUGUUGGCAGGGAGAAACAGAAAAAAUUCGGCUACAGAAUUAGGUCGUAAUAACGCAAGCUCUGGUGGGACGGUCUGGGAUAGCCUCACAUCUGGAAAAGGUCGUAAGAACUCCAAGAUCGAGACUGGGCCAUCAGAGGAGACCCGACAGGUCAGGACCUCCAGUUUGGCUCAGGCGUACAUCAGCAGGAUGAUCAAAGUGGACAAACAAGACAAGACCCCCAAACGCAAUGGGACAAGUGAACAGAAGCAGCCAGAGAACGAGAAGGGGAGGCCUGACAUUAAAACAACGCUGAUUAUCCUGGAGGACUACGCUGAUCCGUUCGAUGCAGAGAAAACCAAGGAGCAGAGAGAGGCCGAGAGGGCAGGGGUGAAUGACGGGUACAUGGAACCUUAUGAUGCCCAGGUCAUCAUCACGGAGGUCCGCAGACGUGGUUCCAAAGACCUCCUCAAAGUGUGUGUCCUGUUGGACCGAGGCCAGAGGGAGGCGAAGGGAGAGGAGGGAAUACCCACACCCCCAAAUAUCUAUGACACACCCUACGAAGGCGGACUGGAGGGCGACAGCGAGGGGGUGUGGAUCCCUGUCACUAGACCAGAGUCCGAUGUGCGUCCAGCCGGGGAGUACGAGCUGCCCUGGGAGUGGAGAAAGGAGGACAUUGUCAGAGCAUUGUCAGCUCAGUUUGAAGCGGUGGAUUGUUCUCUCAGCAAAGACAACGGCUCGACCUCUGGACGCCAGCAGCAGCAGCAGCAGCAGCAGCAGCAACAGCAGCAGCAGCAGCAACACACCCUGAGGCAGAAGAACUGGAACCAUAAAGCACUAGUCCCCUCUUCUCCGUCGUCCUCCUCUUCUUCCUCCUCCUUCCCGUCCUCUCCUAUUCUUAAACUCUCCCCUCUCACGCCGUCCUCCCCUUCCUAUCCCACUCUCAAGCUGUCACCCUGCUCCAGCCCAAAUAAACUUUCCCCUCCUUCUCCUACCUCCCCCUGUGCCCCGCUGGAUGGGGAGACUCCAAAAAUGGACCCCAGCCUGCCACUGGAUAAGCAGAGCUGGUACCAUGGCAGCGUGAGCCGGCAGCAGGCUGAGGCUCAGCUGCAGCGCUGCAAGGAAGCCAGCUUCUUGGUGAGGGACAGCGAAUCAGGGACCAGCAAAUACUCCAUCGCUCUGAAGACCAGUCAGAGUUGUGUGCACAUCAUCGUGGCCCAGACUAAGGGCAGUAAGGGCUUGGGCUACACGCUGGAUCAGAGUAGCUGCGUCUUCUCCAAUAUCCCUGAGCUGGUCUACCACUACUGCACGCACAGGCUGCCUUUCACUGGAGCCGAGCACAUGACCCUGCAGCAUCCUGUGCCGAGGCAACACUGAACAUGAGUGAAGGACGGAUAAACAUGCACAGACUCAUGCGUGACACACUUAGACACAAAUGCACAGAGACUCAAGUGUACACACAUAAUACGAAGAUAUGCUGCUUUGGAUUGUCUCGUGUACUAUAACUUCAUACGUUUGUGUCGCCUCCGUGCACGACCUAGUGGUCAGUAUCAGACACUGCAAUAGACAUCGUCACAUGGUUAUUGUGCUGACUGUUUUUAGUCUUAAGUCAACAACGACACACCAGCGCACACACACUUGGAUUGACUUUUAUAAUACCUGAAAUGAUACACAUAGCGCACUGCAUUUAUUAAUUUGAUAUUUGAAGUAGGCUUCGAAUGAGGCUCAUCAUUUUCUUAUGAGAUACGAAUACACAAAGGUGCUGACAUCAUCAAUUACGGGAUUACCAUACCUUCCAGUUAAGCUCGACCUGUGAGAUCGAUGCAGCUGAUUGGAGUAUAUUUACUCAUCCAUCUGACAUGUCAUUCAGCACAUUGAUCUGUCCUGAAAAUCGGACUCAUUUGCCAACCACUCUGUCUAUCAAGAGAAAGAGGUUUAUUGAUUAGAUGAUUAGAGCUAGUGUAGUGGGAGGGGUCUUGUAACAUUACAGCGUAGCCAGUCAGCAAAUUUUUUUGAGUGCAAAUAGAUAUGUGAAUACAAGGCUCAUUUUCACUGCAAUUUCAUUGUAUGACUGAAAAGUUACCUUACUUUACUGGGAAUUCAUUGUUUAACCUAAAAAUGUAAUGAAAUGGUUGUUGGAUAUCGUCGGAUUUUUUUUUUUUUGUCAAUCUCGCAAUGUUGCGAGCUGUAUAUUGUUGUUGUAAAACAUUUAUUCAGAAAAUAAAGUCAUUUUAACUGG